CACGCAUGCUCAGUAUCAGCGGCUCAUCAGUUGUCUCAGUGCAGCAUGUCUCACUUCACUGUGCUGUUGGAGUAACAUAUACUCCGGGAUAUUUGGUUUAAUUUCGAGUCGGAGAGACUGUCAGGCUCGUCCGACAGUGAGUAACUUUAAUAACGUGUAGAUCUGUGCUGAAUCGAGUCGCGGAGUGUUUUGAACGAUUCAGUCCGAUUUGGUGAAGUAGUUCGACCAGUUCACUAAAAAGAACCGGUUGAAAAGAUUCGUUCCAUCACGAACCGGACAUCACUAGUGAGCAGACGUGAAGAAUUCUACAGUGGACUGAUUCACGGCGAUCACUCAAAAAUGUCUGAACAACGAGCCUUAAAGAAUCCUUACCUAGAUUACACUGGGCCUGGAUGUGCGCAAGACCUGUUUGACAUGCAGGGAAAUUUGACCCAGCAUUUUGCCAGCUGUAUAAGCAGUAAGAUCGGUGAGCUGCUGGCAAUCAUGGAGAAUGGACUGAAGACGGCUGACCCCAGAGACUGUACUGGCUACACUGGCUGGGCAGGCAUUGCCCUGCUUUACCUGCAUCUCCACAGUGUCUUUGGAGAUCCCUCUUACCUCCAGAGGGCUCUGGACUAUAUCAACCACAGUCUGAGGAGUUUAACCCAGCGCUGGGUGACCUUCUUGUGCGGGGAUGCAGGACCGCUGGCUAUAGCGGCGGUGGUCUAUCAUCGCCUCCAGAAACCCCAUGAGGCUGAGGAGUGUGUGAACAGGCUGCUGCAGUUGUACCAGUCAGUAGUGCAGGGGAAAGGCAGUCUUCCUGAUGAGCUGCUCUAUGGCAGAUUGGGCUAUCUUUACUCCCUCAUCUUCAUUAACCAACACUUUCAGCAGGAGAAGAUCCCCAUUCAAUACAUUCAACAGAUCUGUGAUGCUGUCAUGGCUUCAGGGCAGAACCAGUCUCUGAGGAAAAAGAUCCAGGAACAAAGCCCUCUAAUGUACGAGUGGUAUCAGGAGGAGUAUGUGGGUGCAGCCCAUGGACUGUCAGGGAUCUAUUACUACCUGAUGCAGCCUGGAUUUGUUGCCGAGGACAGGCUUUCGUAUCUAGUCAAACCCAGUGUGAACUAUGUGUGUCAGCUGAAGUUUCAAUCGGGCAAUUACCCACCAUGUGUCGGUGAUUCUCGGGAUCUUCUGGUGCACUGGUGUCACGGCUCUCCAGGAGUUAUCUACAUGUUGAUACAGGCUUUCAAGGUGUUUGGUGUGAGGCAGUAUCUGGAGGACGCUCUGCAGUGUGGAGAGGUGAUCUGGCAGAGGGGUUUGGUGAAGAAGGGCUACGGUCUCUGUCAUGGAGCUGCUGGAAAUGCUUACGGCUUCCUGGCUCUUUACAAGGCCACCCAGGAUCUCAAACACCUCUAUAGAGCCUGCAUGUUCGCAGACUGGUGCAUGAAUUAUGGAAGACACGGCUGCCGGACUCCAGAUACACCAUUCUCAUUGUUUGAAGGAAUGGCAGGCACAAUUUAUUUCCUGGUUGACUUGCUGCAACCAACUAAAGCCAAGUUCCCUGCUUUUGAGUUGUAAAGACUGUUCCGGAUCAUUGAGCUUUUUCGCUUGAGCUUCCUAGAGCUGGAAGAAGGCCUCCUCUGAUGGUGGAAUAGUCUCACUCUGCUUGUGCGUCUGCAUGCUUUGGAUGCAAUCUAGGCUAUAUAGAUGAAGGUUCUUUUGGAAGCUUUUUAAAUAUGCUUAACCGAUUGCACUUUUUUUCUUUUCUUUUUUUUUUUUGUGAAUUUUUUGAUGUUAUGGGUAUAUGUUUGUUAGUAUUAUUUGUAUUACUAAUACUCACUGAAAAUUGAUUAUUUUGAUGUGUUUGUUAGAAUAUAUAUUGAUAUGACAGCAAGGUAAAGUUUAACAUCUCUUUGAAAUUUUUAAGUAAACUAAUUGCACAAAAGUGACUGCUUUAAGAUAACACUAAAAUACAGUGUCAAUAUGCUUUAAGUUAGCUUAAAGGAAUAGUUCACCCCAAAAAUGAAAAUGAUCCCAUGUCUCACCCUCAAGCCAUCCUAGGUGUAUGUGAUUUUGUUCUUUCAGACGAACACAAUCGGAGUUAUAUUAAAUGAUAUCCCAGUUCUUCCAAGCUUUAUAAUGGUAGUGAAUGGGUGGUGAGAUUUUUGAAGCCCAAAAAAGUGCAUCCAUCCAUCAUAAAAGUAAUCCAUACGACUCCAGGGAGUUCAUAGCAAAGCAAAGCGAUUGGUUUUUGUUAGAAAAAUAUCCAUAUUUGAAACUUUAUAAACAUAAAUGUGUCGGGUCAGAGGUCACCUUUCCACCGGAACUCACUCUCGUGAACGUGUACAGCUGUUGCGGAAGCCAGUGAUUAUAGUUUAUAAAGUUUAAAAUAUGAAUAUUUUUCUUACAAAAACCCAUCGCUUGGCUUCAGAAGGCCUUUAUAAACCCCCUGGAGUCAUAUGGAUUACAUUUAUGAUGGAUGGAUGCACUUUUUUGGGCUUUAAAAUCUUGUGGCCCAUUCACUGUCAUUAUAAUGCUUGGAAGAACCAGAACUCCAAUUGUGUUAGUCUGAAAGAAGAAAGUCAUAUACACCUAGGAUGUCUUGAGGAUGAAUCGGUGAACUAUUCUUUUAAUGCUUUGCUUUCUGUAUUAGUAAUGUCUUUUUUUUAUUUCUUGAUAAUACUAGUAGUGAUAUCAGAGGAUGUGCUGCAAAAAUUACUUUUUUUUUUUUUUUAAUGGUGAAACAAUCUGUUAAUAUUUUCAUCUGCACAGCAAUAAAAAUAAGGAAAAGAG